UGUCCCGGAUGGCUCAGUGCUGUGCUAGAUCUUGAUCGGUUCGAAUCGUACGUGGAACGUUACGUUUAGCUCCUGGUUUGCCCUCGUCAGCAAAAGGGCUCUUUCGAGGGCGUGACACAGUUUUUUUUUAAGUCCAGGGGGGUUAGGAGAUGUUUUUCGUGGGUUCGGAAUAAGAGUGACGAAACAUUUUUGGAGAGAAAUACUGAGCAAACACAGAAUCGAUUAGCACCGCGUUUUUUUUUUGUUAGUUCGCAACUGAUAGUGACCUACUUUAGAUAGGAAAAGAAGCAUGAUGAAGGUUAACGGUAAAUACCUGUGCGUGAUAUCAUUGGUGAUAUUUUCGAUUAGUGGAAGUGCUUAUACGACACAGCGAUCGAACGUCCGGGAUGACGAAGGCAGUCCGUUCCUGGAUAUGGCCUCGGAGUUCUUGCAGUCUCUUGGAAAUCAAAAUGGAGGCGGUGGAAAUGCGGCAGCUGGGCUGACGGGAAUCGCUUCCAUGCUGUUGCCACUGAUGGCCAAUGCUAAUGCCGGAGGUGGUGCCAAGUCCAACAAUGAUGGUGUUGGAGCGAUCCUUUCCGGAAUCGGAAGCAUGUUGGCCGGGGCCAAUGGUGGCAAUGCCGGAGGUGGUGGUGGUGGAUUUGAUCCCGCUCUGAUUGGCAAUGUGAUCCAAAUGUUCGCUGGAGCGAACGAGGAUCAACAACCCCAGAGACGAUCCAACAAACGACAGAAGCGUCAGCAGAGAGCCGAAGAGGGUAACCCCAUCCUUGAUACCGUUCUGACCGUUGCUCAAACUUGGCUGGCCAAUCAGAACAGCGUCGAUCAUGACGAAGAUCGGGAACCUCAACAUCCUGGAUUCAAUGGGGACACGAUCGCCAAUCUAUUGCCACUAGCCGUCCAGGCGUUCCAAUCCUUCUCCGGUCCAGACAUGGAAAAGACUCAGGAAAAGCACAAGGAUCACUCGUGGGUUCUGCCACCCUUCCUGGAGCACAUCCACGUCAUGUGGGAUCAGUUUACACAAUCCGAGCUGGCACAAGCCCUGUGGACCAAGAUCGGACUGGAUACGGUGUUUAAGGGAUUUGUGGGUCGCGAUGGAAAACUGGACUACGAUAAGCUGUUUGCCACGCUGCAGAACCAGAGCUUCCGGCGACGGUGGAUUAAGGCGGCCACUAUCUAUCUGGCUGACUGGGCCAAUUAUAUUGCCAACCCGGAGGUCUAUCAGAGAUAUGUCGCAACCGGACAAAUGAUGGCCAACGGCUUCCUGCAAUCGCAGGGAUACCCCAAGCAAGCGCUCCUGGAUAUCGACCGGCCCAGCGAGAGCAUCUCCAACCUGAUCGAUCACGUCGCCAAGAAGCACCUGCAGGUCAAGAUCAACUCGGUGACGUACGUUAAGCCAGCCGUCAACUACGUCAAAGAUCUGUUGAAGCUGGGCAAAGCCAAGCAGAUCCUCAAGCAGUACAACGUCACCGAAAUGACCGACAAACUGACCGAUACGCUGAAUUUGGAGGUAAUUGAACCGGUACUGAAAGUUCAUCGCGCCUACCGACAUGCAAUCCAGACGCCCCACUGCGAUAAAUACAUUCUGUGCGAAAUCAAUUCGCACGAUCCGAACGAGAAGCGGGCGCUGGGAGGCUUCAAGCAGGGUGUGACCCGAUUCGGCAGCAUGGCGGCCUCGUGGUUCAUCAGCCAGGAAACCGGAACGCCCUUCUGGACGCUGUUUGCCAUUAUCAACGAUCCGCACAACUGCGAG